ACCGUGGACGAGUGCCGCCGCAGCCCCCGCCCCUGCACCAUGGGCGCUGUGAGAACACGGUUGGGAGCUACCGGUGCCUUUGCCAGGCCGGGUACCGGCCCAGCGCCACCGGCACCGAGUGCCAAGAUGUGGAUGAGUGCGACCAGAGCCCCCCCCCCUGCACCCAUGGGCGCUGCGAGAACCUGCCCGGCUCCUACCGGUGCCUCUGCCCCGGCGGGUACCGCGCCAUGGCGCCGGGAGAGCCCUGCCAGGACAUCGACGAGUGCGAGAACGAGGCUGCGUGCCCGGGCCAGGAGUGCCUGAACACCGCGGGCUCCUUCCAGUGCCGGCCCUGCCUGGUGGGCUUCCGCCCGCACCGUGGCCGCUGCGCAGACAUCAACGAGUGCCUGGAAGGGGAUUUCUGCUUCCCGCACGGGGAAUGCCUCAACACCGAGGGCUCCUUCACCUGCCUCUGUGCACAGGGAUUCACCCCCACGGCCGCGGGCACCGCGUGCACCGACAUCGACGAGUGCCAGCGCGGGGGCCUCUGCGCCGGCGGCCUCUGCACCAACACCGCCGGCUCCUUUGAGUGCCGCUGCCCCCCCGGGUUCCGCAGCGACCCCGAGCAGGCCGAGUGCCAUGAGCUGCCCAGGACCUCCCCCCACCAUAGAUGCAGGCCCCCCCCCCUCAAACUGGUUCCCUCCAAUUCCCCCCUGCCACCCCAUUACCCCCCAGACGUGGACGAGUGCUCCCACAACGGGACCCUGUGUGGGGCCCACGCCACCUGCCUCAACCUGCCCGGCUCCUUCCAAUGCGCCUGCGACCCCGGCUACGAGACGGCCCCCAACGGCCACCACUGCGUGGACGUGAACGAGUGCGAGACCCUGCUCGGGGUGUGCGGGGCCGAGCGCUGCGAGAACGCGGACGGCUCCUUGUGCCUGUGCCCCGACGGCCGCCACGAGUUCGAUCCCGUCCGCGGCCGCUGCGGGGCGCCCUCGGGCGCGGCCCCCGCCCUGCUCCGCAGCGCCCCCGGCGGCAGCGCCGGGUGUUACAGCCGCGCAUGCGCGCUGCUGGCGCCCAGCGUCACCCGGAGGCAGUGCUGCUGCAGCCUGGGCGGGCGUGGGGGGAGCGAUGCCCCUCCCCCAACCACAACACCCACCCCUCCCCCAACGACGGACCCUGCCCCGAACCCGGCUCCGUGCCCCAUAGAGGACCAUGACGCCCUCUGCCCGCAUGGGCCCGGCCGUGCGGAGGACGCCGAGGGAGCCCCCGUAGACGUGGAUGAGUGCGCUCUGUUCUCACCGCACCUCUGCCGGGGGGGGGUCUGCGUGAACGCGGCCCCCGGCUUCAGCUGCUACUGCCCCAGCGGCUUCUACUACGAAGCGGAGCAUCUGCAGUGCGUGGACAAUGACGAGUGCUCGGCGGCCGAGGCGGAGCCGUGCCUGGGGGGGCUCUGCACCAACACCGUGGGCUCGUUCCAUUGCUCCUCCCCCCCGCUCGUCUUGGACAGCUCCCAGCGCCGCUGCGUCGACAACGACACGAGCCUGGCGGAGGCGCAGGCCGUGUGCUGGCAGGAGCUGGGUGCGGACCUGGUGUGCGCGCGGCCCCGCCUGGACGCGCCCCUCACCUACAGCGAGUGCUGCUGCCGGCACGGGCAGGCCUGGGGCAUGGAGUGCGCGCUCUGCCCCGCCCCCCACUCAGGUAACCCCAAUGACUUUGAGCUCCUGUGCAAUGUCCUGCACCCCCCUGUCUACGCCCCCCCCCCGCCCCCCCCGCCUACGACCCCACGGGGGCCCCCCCCGCGGGUACCCCGAGGAGGAGGUGGGGGCGAGGAGGAGGAAGAGGAGGAAGAGGAGGAGCAGGAGGAAGAUCGCUGCCCCCCCGCAGCGGGCCCGGCGCAGUGCGCGGUGCUCAGCGGGUGCCACCACGGGCGCUGCGUGCGCGUCCCCGACGGCUUCACCUGCGCCUGCGACCGCGGCUUCCGGCUCGACCCCGCGCGCCUCGACUGCGUGGACGUGGACGAGUGCUCGGAGGGCGCCCCCUGCCGGCCCGGAGGCUGCCUCAACACCUCCGGCUCCUUCCGCUGCCUCUGCCCCCCCGGGCACGCGCCCGCGCCCCGCCCCCCCCCGCGCUGCGUGCCCGCGCCCCCGCCCCCCCCCCGCGCAUGAGGACCUCCCCUCCCC